CAUCAACACAUCAACACCGCUCCGCCAAAUAAACACAAAUCGGGAAACAAUGCGCAAAUGUCUAGUAGGAUGGCUGAUGUAAAAGUCAACAAUCUCGACGACGACCUUCAUCUGUGGAUAAAUUGCCGGUCCCAAAGUCUCUCAUGACACCAACCACACUAUGGGUCGAUUUCUUACCCCUGCAAAGAUCACCCUGCUAGUACUGGCUUACCUCUACACCGAGGACGACGUGGUGCCGUCUUCGGCGGCCACAAACGUUUUGAGGUUUUUACUCAAGAAUGUCUUGCCGGCGGCGGACAAGGCUUCUUCUGGUACCACGUUGGCCUCCCAAGAUCCCGACGAAUUCUUGCCGGUAUCAGUCUUUGAGUCCGAGCUGUCCUGUCAUGACUCUGCCAGGCCGGGUCGGACACUGUACGACCUCCUCCUGAGACAUCUAUGGUCGAUAAACUGCGCGCAUAGUCUCGACGCGUUCAUCACGAAUUUGCCAUGCCUUCUGGCCAAGACGAGAGAACAAAUUCUUCGCGACCGUGAGCGGCGCGAACAACCACCACCACCGUCAUCAUCUGAAGAACCGGAGGAGAACGUCCAUGGCCGCAUCCUGGGAACUUCGCCACUAGGGGCUUUCAUCCGGCGCUGCCACCUCGAAUACAUCCGUCUCCAGUUUCAAGACAGUAUUGCUCUGUGGCAAGAUUUCAUUUCGUACCGUCUCCCAACUCGACAAGCCUUUGAAAAGAAACACCCUCUUGACUCGUCGACCUCCGGCAUGGAUGCCAACCUGUCAGAAAUGAACAUCGACUCCUCUCAUCCCAUCGCCCGAAUCAUGUACGCGCGUCUUGCCGAGGGGAGGGAAGAAGAAGAAGAGAAACCGCCUCACUAUCACGGUGUCUUCAGCAUUCAGGACGUCGAGAAGCUCAUGGAGUUUCAAGUCGCGGAAAUGCAGCGAUUAGGAAGCCGCCUUCCCAAGGGGAUGAAGGCCCGUCUCCAAGAGAUGGGCAAGUCUGGCGCGGUGGUUCCCAAACUGGGUCACUAUCUGAUCUUUCUGGAUUCCUGGCGUGCCGGCAACUUCUCAUCUGCGCUGGACAAUCUACAUCGAUACUUUGAUUACGCCAUGCAAAGUAGAGAACGAGGUUGUUAUCAGUACGCCCUGUUGAACCUGGCCAUCCUCCAAGCGGAUUCGGGUUCCUACGCCGAAGCCCUUUCGGCCAUGCAGGAGGCCAUCGCCGUCGCCCGAGAGAACAAGGACGUCGCCUGCCUGAACUUUUGCAUGAGUUGGGUGUACCACUUCGGCCGGUCGUUCCCGGGGGAGCGGAGGCACAUUGCCACCGCCUCGGGGAUCCUGGGCAACGAGGUCGAAGGGUUGGCAUUCCUCAAGGCACGAGCGAGAGAUGCCGAGAUGUGGACCCUCCUGAGCACGUCGCUGCUGAGCGAGGCGAAGCUGGGCUUGCAGUACGGCGAUAGUCUCGCCGUCGUGUUCGAGAACAUCGCCAAGGCGAGUUAUCUGAGCACCGUCAAGGCCGCCGAUCAGAAGGCCAUGGGACCGUUGAUGCUCAUGAGAAGCGCCGCGUACAGCCGCGCCGGCCUGACACACAUGAGUUGGUGGGCCGGGCAGGCGUUUUUGCAGUCCUACGCCAAAGAUGCACCUCUAGAAGACGUCCUCAAGUCCAAAUGUCGCAUGGCGGUGUUGCUGGUACACCGAGGACGGUACGACGAGGCCACGGAGGUGCUGAACAGUACCCCACCCGAGGUGCUGAAGGUGGUCAAGUACCAGAGAUACCUCACCGUCUAUGCCGGCAUGUUGAAGGCGAGAAGGCUGUUGCACCGGGAAGAUCUCAUCGCCGCCGAGCAUUUGCUUGAACGGUUGAGGGGCCAGGGUGUGCCCGAAGCCGAGAUGGCAUUCAAUUUGUUGCUGCUCGAGAUCGAUCUUUUGAUCCGGCAGGGCAACCUGACGAGGGCCCUGGACAAGGUCGAGGGCGUGGUAGGAAAACCCGACCGCGAAAUCGGCGACAUUUCGAUACAGACGCAGCUGUUGAACCUGAAGGCGAGGAUCCUGGCUGAAAGCGGCUUCCCACUGAAGGGGUUCUCCCUGGUCAUGCGGGCAUCCCAGAUUGCGUUCCGAGGAAGGCUCAUGCCGGCAUUGUGGGAGUCGACCGGCCUCCUGGCGAACAUCCUCAACGAGCUGCACGAGUUCAACGCGGCCGCCGACGUUUUGGUGUCCAUCAUCCCGCGGAUUCUCGAGUUCCAGGACUGCCACAUGGCAGCGCGGUCGUUUGGUGUCUUGGCCGACGCGAACAUGGGCAUGGCCGGGGCGGAAGAAGAGCAGUCCACGAGACAGAAGGAGUUCACCAGCAGAGCCGUCGAGAAUAUUGACCACGCAUAUGAGCAAUUCCGACGCGUGGAGGAUCUAAAGGGCCAGUUGGAGAUGCUAAAGAAAAAAGCCACAAUCAUGCAUUGGCGAGGCGAUUUAGUGUUGGCAAAUGAUACAGCCACACAGUAUCUCGAGCUAACGAAGCAGUAUAGGGCUCAGCGGGUCUGAUCUGGGUCAUGGUCUGGGAACGAACAGUUAUGCCCGUGAAUGAUGUAGGAACAAGGUAGAUUGAUCAAGCCAUUUCAG